AGCAUUGAUUGUAAAUACUAGUAACUAGUAUUUAUAAUCAAUGGUAUUAGUAUAAUUAAUAUUCUUAUUGUAUAUUUGUUAAACAUUUAUAAUACAACCUAAAAUAGGUUUUGUUGGAUUUUAGAGUUUCGUCUUACAACAAAAUAAUCUCUAUUGAACUUUAUUAUUGUUUCAUUUUAUUUUUAUUUUUGCUGUUCAUAGAAUGUUCGGAUUUCAAAUAUUCAAUUAAUGUUGCUCUUUUCUAUUACCCGAUAAAUCAUGUAGUUAUUUAAAAUUGUUAUAUGUAUACUUAUUUACAGUUUUUAGUAUUUGAAAAUUAUUAGGCAUGGAUCAUAAUGUGUGUUACAUUUAUGACAAUCAGUUAAUCAAAGAAUGCUGCAAAAUUCCAAAUAUUCCAAAAAGGGCUUAUUUAGUUGAUAGUCUCAUUAAGGCAUAUCAUCUAUCUGAUCACAUGGAUGUAUUUAAAGUGAAUCCUUCGUCAUAUGAAGAUCUUAUAGGAUUCCAUUCUAGUGCAUAUGUUGAUUUCCUAAAAAAAUUAAAUGACAACAACAGUUCUCUCUCGGAUAUUGAAGAUGAAUAUGGAAUAGGUUAUGAUUGUCCAGUUGUAAAAGAUAUAUGGCAAUUUAUUACAUAUAUCUCAGGUGCUUCGUUAACUGCUGCAAAAGCAUUAACAACUAUGCAAUACAGAUAUUCCAUCAACUGGUGUGGAGGUUGGCAUCAUGCACUAAGAGAUUCUGCUCAAGGUUUUUGUUAUGUAAAUGAUAUAGUCCUUGCCAUUGAAAUGUUAAGAAAAACAUUUGGAAAGGUGUUAUAUAUUGAUAUUGAUGUUCAUCAUGGCAAUGGUGUUGAGUAUGCAUAUAUGGCUACAGACAAAGUUCUUACACUUUCAUUUCAUCAAUAUGAACCAGGUUUUUAUCCUACAAGUGGAUCAUUGGAUGAUAUCGGAAUAGAUAAAGGAAAAUAUUAUACUGUAAAUGUUCCACUUAAAGAAGGGAUAAAUGAUGAUAAAUACAUAACAAUGUUUCAAAAAAUUAGUAAUAUGGUGAAUAGUUCCUAUAAUCCAAAAUGUAUUGUUGUCCAAUGUGGAGCGGAUAGUUUAGUUGGAGACCCAAUUGGUGGAUUUAACUUGACACCAAAAGCAUUAGCGGAAUGUGUGAAAAACGUAAUGAAAUGGGAAAAACCUACAUUAUUUCUUGGCGGAGGCGGAUAUAAUGAAGCAAAUGUUGCACGUUGUUGGACAUGUUUAACUGCAAUUAUUACUGGACAAGAUGAUUUAUUGUCGAGUGAUAUACCAGAUAAUGAGUAUUUUUCUGCUUAUGGUCCAGACUUCACUUUUGAUAUCAAUCCAGGAAAUCGAAAAGAUUUUAAUUCAUUUAAUAAUUUGAAUCACAUUUUCAGUGUUAUUGCAAAUAACAUGAAAAUAGUAAAAGAAUUAGUACGCAAGCAGGAAAAAUAAUUCAAGAUUAAAACUGUAUUUCUUAAAAAAAAUAAAUAUUUUAAAAUAAAGUUGUGAUAUAUAUGAA